CUAUCAUAUAUGGACAUAGUGAUCGACUCCCGUUGGAUCUCCUUCAAAAGCUUUCACUUUUUUUAAUUAUGAUAUGUUUCCGACCUACUGAAUAAAACUAUUGGUCACUUCCGGGAAAACAAUACUUGACUGCAGUGGCUUGUCAACAAUCCGGAAGCGGGGCAGCGUUAUAACACAUUCCGACGAAUAGAGACAUUUUGUUUAUCAUUACACGGCGACACGGUGGAGAAAAAGAUUCAGCCUUUUCGGUUACUUGGGAUUUGUGACAUUUCAUUUUAUUUAACGAUUAAAAAAGCAACAUGGACGUUAACGAGAGUGAUUUUGUUACGAACCCGACUAGCAAUCAUUCGGUUUUUGGAAACCUAGAAGAUUGGAACAACGAGAUUGCGGCUGAUCGUAUACCCAAUACGAUUAUCUUAUGUCUGUACAUGGUAAUAGGGGUCACUGGUAAUUUACUCGUUGUUCUUGUCUAUAAAUCUCGUACACACAUGCAGACGGACAAUCGCUACUUCAUCCUGUUUCUGGCGGAGUUGGAUCUCGUGUCAGUGGUAGUAGGCGUGUCUUAUUCCCUUUACCUGAACUUUGCCUUCGUACUUCCCAAAGAAACUGCGGUUUGUAAGAUUUUCGCUUUUCUUCUUCAAACCGCCGGAGUGACGUCAGGAAUUGUUCUGUUGUAUAUUUCCAUACAGCGCUACAAGCUAGUCUGUAGGCCAGCAAGACGUCAAAUUACUGCUCGACACCGAAAGGUCAUGUUGGGGGUCAGUGUCGCCGCUGCGGCGAUUUUUUCUAUUCCCAUCUCUGCUUACUAUGACGUCAGCAUAAUACCCAACGUUGAGAGAAAUGUGACGGGAUUUGAAUGCGCCAUUGUGAAACUGACAACCCUUCAUAGAGUAACGUACGCGAUGUACAACGGUAUCAUGUUAUUGGCAACCAUUGGAAUCCUGAUAACAAUGGCUGUUUUGUAUACGCUGAUUUUGAAAUCCAUGAUGAAGAGGAGCGCCACCUUCAAGGCACGAGAGAGCAGACGACAGCAGCUUCGGGAAAUGGCGGAUGCUAAUACGGGUGAUUUUUCAAGCGAGGACUUUCUUAACAUCUCUUCUCAAUUUCCAACUACUGAAGAGGAGUCCGUAUCACGGAAUUCACAAUUCAAUAUGGUCAACUUAGCAAAUGAGAAACACCCAAGAACCUCCAUGAUUAUCGAUAAGGAUGAUCGGUCAAAACAGAGGGAAUCAAUUGCAACAAGAAACUCUUGUGUUAACCCUCAGAUCCCCAAGCGCAAACGUAAAGCCAGCUACCAAGCUGUGAAGAACCAUUUCUCCACCCAUCGAUAUUCCUACAUAUUCAUAUCGAUAACUUUCUUCUUCGCGAUAUCGUACAUACCAACAGUGGUGGUAUCGGCAUUUGAAUCGCGAUCAACAGAGUUCUGGAUUAACCAAUCAUAUGCCUCCUUACAAAUAUUAUUGGUGUUGCGCCGGAUGUAUAUUUUGAAUCAUAUUGUGAACCCGGUGAUUUACGGGUAUUUUGACCGGUCUUUUCGACGCGAGGUCAAGAAAACCAUUCGAAAGAUGUUUUGUGGACUUGUCAAAAUGGAGAUUACUAGUUCCUCGGACAAGACGAGCAACCAUUAUUGAAUACGUUGUGUACAAAUGUAUAAUAUCAAUGUUAUUUUGUACACUCUUUUAAAGAAUUUUUUGUUUUUAAUACGAUUCAAAAAUCAUGAUCUAAAAUCUUGAGAAUGGAUUCUUGAUAACGCAAAGGAUAUCUAAAGUACAGCGAAAGCGAUGUUUUAACAUUUCCGUAAGAGUAGAGACUUUUUAGUCUGUUUUUAGAUUUGCCUGUCAUGAUUUUAUUUGGUAACUAUGUUUUUUCCCAACCCACAUAAAAAAAGACCAGACACCACGUGACUCUAUUUUUUUAUUUUUCAAUUUUGAAGAUUUUUACAGAUCGUUUUUUGUAUGAAAAUUUCAUGUGAAUGUU